AUGGUAAAGCGAAGUGCUACAAGUAAAUUUCCCAUUGCGCGCAUUAAGCGCAUUAUGCAGGCGGAUGAAGAUGUCGGCAAAGUAGCGCAGGCGACGCCCGUGGUUAUAUCCAAAGCGCUCGAACUGUUUAUGCAGGACAUUGUUGCGAGUGCCGUAGAGCAAACACGCAAGACGGGCGGCAAGCGUGUGGCACCUUACCAUCUGAAACGCGCUGCGUUGACGAUAGAGACGUUUGACUUCCUCAAGGAUAUCGUGGAGAAAGUAGCAGACCCCCUUGAAUCUGGUGGCGCUGCGCGUAGCACGAAGCGUCGCAAGGUGGCCAAGGCCGAGGAGGCGGACGAGGCCUCUGCGGAUGACUCGGCGGAAUAG